GCGCAUGCGCCUCAGCUGUCACGACUCGAACAUCGCUGCGGCUUCUGCGGUGGAAACAUGGCGAUGAGGGCGCUCAGAGGGAUGGUGAACGGGGCCAUGAGCGAGUUUUCAUCGGCCGUCAGCGGGAACAGACCGACGGCCGCCGCUCCGGUCCACCCGGCCGCCGCCGCCGCCGCCUCCAGGGAACAUGCGAUGGCUGUUAGCCGGGAUUACAUCUCCCAGCCCCGCCUGACCUAUAAAACUGUUUCUGGAGUCAAUGGUCCUCUGGUGAUUUUGGAUAAAGUCAAGUUUCCAAAGUACGCUGAGAUUGUCCAUCUCACUUUGCCUGAUGGUACCAAGAGGAGUGGGCAGGUGCUGGAGGUCACUGGCUCCAAAGCUGUGGUGCAGGUGUUUGAGGGCACUGCAGGCAUCGAUGCAAAGAAGACCAGCUGUGAAUUUACUGGAGACAUCUUACGGACGCCUGUCUCUGAGGACAUGUUGGGGCGUGUGUUUAACGGUUCUGGCAAACCCAUCGACAGAGGACCGGCAGUGCUGGCAGAAGACUUCUUGGACAUCAUGGGCCAGCCCAUAAACCCCCAGUGUCGCAUCUACCCAGAGGAGAUAAUCCAGACCGGCAUAUCUGCCAUCGAUGGCAUGAACAGCAUUGCUAGGGGACAGAAAAUCCCCAUCUUCUCUGCUGCUGGGCUGCCACACAAUGAGAUCGCAGCUCAGAUCUGUCGACAGGCCGGUUUGGUGAAGAAGUCCAAGGAUGUGAUGGACUACAGUGAGGACAACUUUGCUAUUGUUUUUGCAGCCAUGGGGGUCAACAUGGAGACUGCCAGGUUCUUUAAGUCAGAUUUUGAGGAAAAUGGAUCCAUGGACAAUGUCUGUCUGUUCCUCAACCUGGCCAAUGACCCCACCAUUGAGCGAAUCAUCACUCCCCGUUUAGCUCUGACAUCAGCAGAGUACCUGGCCUAUCAGUGUGAGAAGCACGUCCUCGUCAUCCUCACCGACAUGAGCUCCUACGCCGAGGCCCUUCGAGAGGUGUCUGCUGCCAGAGAGGAGGUGCCGGGCCGCCGAGGUUUCCCUGGCUACAUGUACACUGAUCUAGCCACCAUCUAUGAGAGGGCCGGCAGAGUAGAGGGCCGCAACGGCUCCAUCACCCAGAUCCCCAUCCUCACCAUGCCCAAUGAUGACAUCACCCAUCCUAUUCCUGACCUGACCGGUUACAUCACUGAGGGACAGAUCUAUGUGGACAGACAGCUUCACAACAGACAGAUCUACCCCCCCAUCAAUGUUCUUCCAUCUCUCUCUCGACUGAUGAAGUCUGCUAUUGGGGAGGGAAUGACCCGCAAAGACCACUCUGAUGUUUCCAACCAGCUUUAUGCAUGCUAUGCCAUAGGGAAAGAUGUCCAGGCCAUGAAGGCGGUGGUGGGAGAAGAGGCUCUUACUGCUGAUGACCUGCUAUAUCUGGAGUUCCUUACUAAGUUUGAGAAGAACUUCAUUUCCCAAGGAGCCUACGAGAACAGGAGUGUGUUUGAGACUCUGGACAUCGGAUGGCAGCUCAUGAGGAUCUUCCCCAAAGAAAUGCUGAAGAGAAUCCCUCAGAACACCCUGGCUGAGUUCUACCCCCGAGAAUCCAAACAUUAGCUACACACACACGCACACGCCCAUCCACACACUCCACUUCCUGUCCUCUAAUCCGGCUAAGGUCUCACUCUGUAUAUACAGUGUAGUGCUGUGACGCUGUAACCAUGCCGAUGCUUGCUGCUUUCAUCUGACGUUGAGGGUAAAUCAUCCCGGCAUAAACAGGAGAAAAAGAAAUGGACUUUUAGAAGUUUGUCUCCAGAGUAAAUGUCAGGAGCUUCCUGUGGAAAAUAAUAUGUACACUAAAUGUGUGUCAAGAAAAUGAUUGGGACAUAAUUCAUAAAAAGAUUUAUGAAUUAUAGAGGGCGCACACGUCAGCCACUAGAGGGCACACACGGCAGAGUUGAAGUCCAUCUGAGGGAUCGGUUGUGAAGUGUACAGGAACGCUGUUAUUUACUGAAUGUCUACAUCAUUUCUGUCAUCGCAUGAAGAAAACUGUGUGCUUUGUGUGUUCCACAUGUAUUCUUUCUGAGGCACAGAAAAUCUGAUUGAAUCUCAGGAAGUCAGAGUGAGCUAAAGUUGAGUAAAAAUACUGAAAGAAAACUGCGAAAAGGAGCAAAUCAUUCAAUCAAACAGCUUAAUUUUGAUAACUUAACCUUAAUUAAACUCACCUUGUUCUGCUCGGCCCAGUUUUGCUCUUCUAACUGAAGCAUUUAAACUUUUGGUUAGACUCUCUUACCAGUUGCAAAAAUAUCCUGUAUAGAUGGGUUUAUAACGGCGAUCUAGACGCAGUUGUUGCUGUGUAUUUUUGAUAUCAUUUUGUAAAUUUGCUCCAUUGUUUAUCCAUGUCAACUAUGACAGCUCACAUAAAGGAAAGCAUGAAAAAUGCUUUAUAAUACCAAAUAAAUGGGCCUGAGCUUCUCAAAAGCUUCUGAAGAUUUUUGAUUCCCAUAAAAAAUUCUGCCAUUCAGCAUCUCUGUCAAAUAUCUAAUCUAUCAUAAAGAAACUGUUUGUUGCUCUGAGUUUAUAAGCAGCCAGCUAGAUGGAUGCAUUUUAAUGCCCAUAUCAGUAUAAAAUCAGAUAACAAGCCAGCCGAUCCAUUCAUGGAAACACAAGUCAUUCCUGGUUCCUUCAGCUUUUCUUGACAGACUCUUGUUAUCGAGGUGUCAGUCAGAACGGGCUCUUAUCCAUAUUAAAGAUACAGGACAGUCUGAGCUGUGCAGCUCCAUUUCUCUUUACAUAUGACAGAAAAAACAGGACAACAUGCAUUUAUCAUGCAAAUAGACAGACUGGGUUCUGGAGACAAAUCUGCCUCGUUUAGAACCAGAGAGAAAAAACUUCAGCUUCAUGUCAGAAAACAGGAAGUAGACACCAGUGGAGGUAUGGAGCCACUCCUGGUUUAUUGUUGUUGACAGGUAAUUGUGGAAAAAAGACUAUUUCUCACUGAUGUAUUUAAAGCUGUAGUUUUAUCCCAACCUAGAUUGCAGAUGCAGAACUGACCAAAUUAACUUUAAUUUAUAAUUCUGUUAACAUUCCUUUCAAAAUGAAAAGGUUCUCCUUAGUUUGUGUGUGAUUAGAGCACACAUUUAAGAUCUGAUGUGACUGACAGAAAGUCAGCUGAUACCUUGGGCUGUCCCUGAAUAGAUAAUCAACAUCAUAGAAUGAAUGAUACAUUUAAAAAUAUACUGAAAUUAAUUGAUCUCAUCUCAAUUUUUUCUGUUUUUCUUUUGGUGGAAAUCUGUUAAAUGUUCAGUUCUGUUCUCAGCGCCUGUUGUGUUUUAUUUAGAUCAUGUCAGAUAUGAAGAGAACUCAAUCAAUGAAACUAAAGCAUAGAAUGUCUUCUGGCCUUUUAAAAAAAAGUUUUUAAUUCAACCGUCUUUGUUUAUGAGUCCAGCAGAGUUAAGAUCUGUUUGGACACAAAAAUAUUGAAUGAAGUAUGACUUUGUUAUAAAGGUUCCUUUGUUCCCUUCAAACCAUGAGUUGAAUUACUAUGGAUUGUAUUUGGGUGUGAGCGGUUGACAUUGAUUGUAAACUCAACAUGUUUAUUUGUGUGUGUUUCAUUGCUGUCUUUAUAUGGAACAUCUGCUGCUGAGUUUUAGUUUUCUCCUUCAGCUCGUCCUGUGAUUGGUUGGAUGUGUAUAUCUGAUGUCAUCAAUUAUGUCUGACUUUCAUUCUCCAUCAACAGUCCCACUCUGUAUGUAUUUUGUAUUUCUGAAAAUAUUUAUUUUUCUUCAGAUUUACUUAUAUCAUCAUUUAAAUACAUUAGAUUUAAGAUCAAAAGUAUAUUUAAAAGUUACACACACACAGACACGCGCCCCACCCCCACACCCACCCACACACACACACAC